UUUUAUCUGAACAGAUAACAUGAACUACAAGGGAUGGGAAAACCAAGCAGAGUGAACCAAACUGCUGUUUCAGACUUCCUCCUUCUAGGACUCUCUGAGCAGCCGGAGGAGCAAUCUCUCCUAUUUGGUGUUUUCCUGGGCAUGUACCUAGUCACCAUGACAGGGAACCUUCUCAUCAUCCUGGCCAUCAGUUCUGACCCACACCUUCAUACUCCCAUGUAUUUCUUCCUGGCCAACUUAUCAUUAACUGAUGCCUGUUUCACCUCUGCUUCAAUACCCAAAAUGCUGGCCAACAUUCACACCCAGAGUCGGACCAUCUCCUAUUCUGGUUGCCUUGCACAGCUGUAUUUUCUCCUUGUGUUUGGUGGCCUUGACAACUUCCUUCUGGCUGUGAUGGCAUAUGACCGCUAUGUGGCCAUCUGUCAGCCACUCCAUUACAACACAGCUAUGAGUCCCCAACUUUGUGCAUUAAUGCUGGUUAUGUGCUGGGUGCUAACCAACUGCCCUGCCCUGAUGCACACACUGCUGCUGACGCGUGUGGCCUUCUGUACCCACAAGGCAAUCCCUCACUUCUACUGUGAUCCCAGUGCUCUACUGAAGCUUGCCUGCUCAGAUACCCACAUUAAUGAGCUGAUGAUCAUCACCAUGGGCCUGAUGUUCCUCAUGGCUCCUCUCAUGCUGAUCGUCCUCUCCUAUGUCCGCAUUUCCUGUGCUGUGUUUGGCAUCUCAUCUCCUGGAGGGCGCUGGAAAGCCUUCUCUACCUGUGGUUCUCACCUCACAGUGGUCCUGCUCUUCUAUGGAUCUCUUAUGGGUGUUUAUUUACUUCCUCCAUCAACUCACUCUGCAGAGAGUCAAAGUAGGACUGCUAUUCUCUAUAUGGUGAUUAUCCCCAUGCUAAACCCAUUCAUUUAUAGCUUGAGGAACAGAGACAUGAAGGAGGCCUUGGGUAAACUAUUUGGCAAUGGAAAAAUAUUCCUCUUACCAUUACAGUGA